GAAGCAGUCCGCAUGUAAAAAUUCAGAUGAAAACACAAUAAGAAGAAGAACUCCUGCUCAGAAGUUUUUAGGUUAGUUCUAAUGUUUUUGAAACAAAUUGUUAGAAAGUCAUAAGCAUGUUCAGUCUGGAGAGCUUUGAGGAGCACAUACAGGCUCUCAUGGAGGCUUUCGUUGAGGCGGCGGUGGUGGAGCUCCGCAGGCUUCUUCUAACCGAGUGCUGGAGGAGCGGGGUGUCCGUCCAGGAGCGCUCAGCUGCGGGUGAAGGAGGCGGGGAGGACCGAGAGGACAGGCAGCAGGCUGUUGUUCACCUAACGGACCAGUUCAUUUCUCUCAUGAAAGUGUGCACCAAAGACGUCCUGGAGAAAACCACCACGAUGGUGAAAAUGUCCAUGUGUGAGACUCGUCUUGAACUGAGCACGAGUCCAGAGGACGGGAUAAACCCCGAGGACAGAAAAAGUCAGUCAUCCUGGUGCUGGAACAGGUUUCUGUUGGUUUUAUCUCAGAUAUUAAAUCAGAUUCUUUGUUCUGAAAUGGCCGAAUCAGCAGCCAGGAGAAGCAGAGUAAGGAAGGGAUUCCAGGCUGUGGUGACAAACCACAGCGAUGAUUUAUACUGCAAAGAAGAGCAGCAGACCGAAGAGUCGAGAGGAGCAGAGACUGAGUCUGAAUCAGAGAUAGAACCUGGAAAUGGAACGUCACGUGAGGAAAUGACCUCUGAACUUUCACCUGCUCCUGAUGCUGCUUCGCUCAACCCGACUCCUGAGUCCGGUGUCACAGAGGAAAACUCGGUCCGGGCGGACCCCAAAUCUUUGAAUAUCUCAAAACAGAAAGAAAAGUUGUUUCAGUGCUCUUUGUGUGAGAAAACCUUCGCCAAGAAGUGCUUAGUGGAGAGACACAAGCUGAAACACACCAAACCCCACAGUUGUUCUCACUGUGGCAAGCGCUUCGCCACCCUCCACGCACUAACCCCCCACACAAGGAAACACACCGGCGACAAACUUUACAGCUGUCUUGACUGUGGGAUCCAGUUUGCCUACAAGUCUACCUUUGACCGGCACAUGCGGACCCACGGCGUGACGACGCCGGACACCUUCACGCACAUGUGCCCGCUGUGCGAGAUCCAGUUCACAAAUAUGUCCAUGUUCCAGCGACACAGGUGCUCCGCUUUGCAAAGGACGUUUGUUUGCUCCGUCUGUCCAGAAACGUUUGAGUGCCGACGAAGGUUCGCCGAUCAUGAGAUUCUCCACUCAGCAAACAAGGACUUUGUUUGUGAAAUAUGUGGCGAGAGGUUCCUCUCGUCCUCGUCUUUGGCCACUCACAGAGUCACUCACUUUCAGGAGGAAAACCGCUGUGGCGAGUCUGGCCUUUGCUGCAGCGGCGCCGACGUCCUGAUCAACCGCAGCAGAAAGAAACUCCUCGGCUGCGACAUAUGCGGGAAAGCGCUGAGCCACCAGAGCGCACUGAAGCACCACAUGCUCAAACACACCAGAGAGAAAGAGUAUGUCUGCGAGACCUGCGGCAAAUGCUGCGGACACGCCAGCGCACUGCAGAACCACAUGAGGGUCCACACGGGAAAGAAACCCAGAGAGACGCCGGCCUGCAGCACAUGCGGCAAAACCUUUGCCUCAGCGUGCAGUCUGAAACGCCACAUGAUCAUCCACGCUGGACAGAAACCGCAUGUCUGCAGUGAUUGUGGGAAGGCGUUCAACAACCCCAGCAAUCUCAGGAAUCAUGCUAUGAUUCACUGCAGCAUGAAGAUGUUUGGUUGCAACGUCUGCGGCAGGAAGUUCGCUCAGAGCGCCGGACUCAAGCAGCACAGACAACUGCACGUCGGAAAGACGUUUGGAUGCAAAGUCUGCGGGAAGGGAUUCGUUCUCAAAAACCAGUUAAGGAAACACGAGAGGGGCCACCUGUCAGAGGAGGCAGGACAUGAUGGACCGACUGAGAAAACUGAUCAAAUCUAGAACUGAUUUAUGUUAAAACGUAAAGCUCUUACUGAAGUUAAACGUGUUUCUCUAAAAAGGUUAGUUUCAAGUAAAGGUUCUGUUAACAGUUUCCUUACCUGUAAAAUAAGGUCCAUCCAUCCAUCCAUCCAUCCAUCCAUCCAUCCAUCUGAGGGUUUAGAUACAUAUAAAUCAGGGAUUAGCACUUUAGUUUUGGGGGUACAGUUUGAUACAGCGAGAAAUAAUAAACAAAUGUCAAAUUCUU